AUGAGGGUCGAGGUGCUGGUCGUCUGGGCGGCUCUGACCCUGAGCGGCGCGCUGGCCGGCGCGGAGGAGAACCGACUCCCAGCAGGUCGGAUUCACGCCAGAGAAACCCGAGGACUGGUGGAGCCCGGGAGACGGGGCGAGGAGGAGGACGGCGUCCGAAUGUCGGACGAGCCCGCCGCCGAAGUGGUGGAGGAGGAGGAGAAGAAACCAAAGAAGAAGACACCUGAGGAAAUUGAGGCAGCCAGAGCAAAGAAAGCCGCAGAGAAGGAAGCCAAAGCCAAGAAGCAGAAAGGCCCCAAACCCACCAAGAAGCCAAAAGCCCCGAAGCCCACCAAAAAACCCAAAGCACCAAAACCCACCAAGAAGCCCAAAGCCACCAGUAAACCACAGGCCACGACCACAACCGCGGCGCCAACUGCGGCGACAACCGCGGCGACAACCGCGGCGACAACCGCGGCGACGCCCGCGGCAACGCCUGUCACCGAGAGGCCGCCUCUGGACGAGGAAGAGGAGCGCCUGCUGAUCCAACUGGGCUGGGGCACGUUGAAUCGACCCGAGACCGGACCUGGACUGGAAGAGCCCAUCGAGCCGGACCUGGAUCUGAUGCGUCGUCGAUACAACAAACAAGCUACCACCGAGUCCAUCAUCUACAUACCAGAGGAAACCACCUCCAUCCCGUUUGUCGUCCCCUGGUAUGAAGAGUAUGAUUACUCGGACUUGGCCUCCAAGAAACAAGAGGAGAAACAAGAGGAGGAGGAGGAGAUGGCCCGAAAAGAAAAGGCAGAAAAAGCCGAGCGGCUGAGGAAGAGUUGGGAGGACGAGGAAGAGGAGCGGCUGAAGCAGAUCUCCGUUCCCGUGGAGCUCAAGAACUGUCCUCCUCUGGGCCUGGAGUCCCACCGGGUGGAGGACGACCAGCUGCUGGCUUCCUCCCAGUCUCACCACGGGUUCGCGGCCUCGAGGGGACGACUCAACAUGCAGGGCUCUGAUAACGACGACGACAUGCACGGCGGCGCCUGGUGCGCCGAGUCCGAGGAGCGCAACCACUGGUUCGAGGUAGAUUCCCGCCGAGAGGUGGAGUUCACCGGGGUCAUCACUCAGGGAAGGAACUCGGAGAAACUGGAGGACUUCGUGUCCUCGUACUUCGUGGCCUUCAGCAACGACAGCCGGGACUGGACGACGCUUCACGACGGCUACGCUGAGUGGUUGUUCUACGGGAACGUGGACAAGGACACGCCGGUGCUGGGCCAGUUCUCGGCGCCCGUGGUGGCGCGCUACAUCCGCAUCCUGCCCCAGAGCUGGAACGGCAGCUUGUGUCUCCGAGCCGAGAUCCUGGCCUGUCAACUCCCCAGCAGCUACCGCAGUGAGAAUGAAGUCAACCCGUCGGACGACCUGGACUUCCGACACCACAACUACAAGGAGAUGAGACAGAUGAUGAAGGUGAUAAACGAAGAGUGUCCCAACAUCACCAGGAUCUACAACGUCGGUAAAAGCUCUCAGGGCCUGAAGAUGUACGCCAUGGAGAUCUCCGACAACCCCGGAGACCACGAGACGGGUGAGCCUGAAUUUCGGUACACGGCCGGUCUCCACGGCAACGAGGCGCUGGGUCGAGAGCUGCUCCUCCUGCUGAUGCAGUUUCUGUGCAAGGAGUACAAAGACGACAACCCCAGAGUGCGCCGCCUGGUGGACGGAGUGAGGAUACACCUGGUGCCUUCGCUGAACCCCGACGCUUACGAGCUGGCCUACGAGAUGGGCUCGGAGAUGGGGAACUGGGCUCUGGGCCACUGGACCGAAGAAGGUUACGACAUCUUCCAGAACUUCCCGGACCUCAACAGCAUCCUGUGGGGAGCCGAGGACCGAGGCUGGGUCCCUCGCAUCGUGCCCAAUCACCACAUCCCCCUCGCAGAAAACUUCCUCAAUGGCUCUCUCGGCACGGAGACGAGGUCCAUCAUUUCCUGGAUGGAGCGCACCCCCUUCGUGCUGGGGGCUAAUUUGCAAGCAGGAGAAAAACUGGUCGCGUACCCUUUCGACAUGCAGCGGCCGUCGAUCUCUUCUACCGACAGCCGCCGCUGGAGAGGCACUGGCGACAUGAACGAGGAGACGUGGGCUCGCAUCCAGCGGCAGAACGAGGGUUCUCUGAGGGAGACGGCGGACGACGCCAUGUUCCGAUGGUUGGCCAUGUCGUACGCCCACAGCCACCUGACCAUGACGGAGACCUACCGAGGCUCGUGCCACGGAGAAGACGUCACUGGGGGUCAGGGCAUCACCAACAGGGCCAGCUGGGAUCCAGUGGUGGGCAGUAUGAACGACUUCAGCUACCUGCACACCAACUGCUUCGAGCUGUCCGUCUUCUUGGGCUGUGACAAGUUUCCUCACGAGAGUGAACUGCCUCUUGAGUGGGAGAACAACCGCGAGUCUCUGCUGUCCUUCAUCGAACAAGUCCAUCGAGGGAUAAAAGGUGUCGUGCGAGACGUGGAGGGAACUCCGCUACCUAAUGCCACCAUAUCCGUGGAGGGAAUACGGCAUGACGUCAAAACCGCCGCAGGCGGCGAUUACUGGCGGCUGCUGAACCCCGGAGAGUUCCGGGUGACGGCCAAAGCCGACGGCUACACCCCUCAGACCCGACUGUGCAUGGUGGGCUACGACUCCGGAGCCACCUCCUGCAGCUUCACCUUGGCCAGGUCCAACUGGGACCGCAUCAAGCAGAUCAUGGCGCUGCACGGCAAGAGGCCCAUCCGGCUUGUGCCCAAAGCCAACGUGCCGAAGACGACGGCGGCCAGCCGCCCGGCGGCGGCACCCGCCACCACCGUCGACAGUCACGCCGCCGGUCAGAGGGCGGAGCGACUCAGGAGGCUCCGGAUCAUGCGUCUACGCCGGCUGCGUCAGCAGAGACUAAGAGCCGGUCUUAGCACCGCUCCGACUACAACAACCACCACCACAACAACAACAGCAGCAACAACAACAACAGCAGCAGCAACAACAACAGCAGCCCCCACGCCAAUACCCGAGACCGAGAGAACCACUUCCUGGUACGACUCCUGGUUCCCGGAGGACGGUUGGGUGACGGAGAACCCGUUCGACAGCGUCGCCUUCGACUUGGUGCCCACGCAGGACGAUCCCUUCGAAUACACGAUCGAUUGAUCUCUCUAAGACCUUCAGGAUCCACUUCGGCUUUAAAAAGGAAACACGCGACACACAGGUUCACUAUUUAGUUCUCAAGAGUUUCAACUUGUCGGGUAAACAUUGACCACGUUUACACAAACCAAAUAUUCUGUUUUUUCUGCCGUUAAUCUGAAAAAGACAAUAUUCCUAAUAAUCUCUUUACACGGAGAACGAAAGCGAAUAUUCCACAAAUAUUCCCAUUUACACGCGAUCGUUCAUAUUCCAAUUAACCCGAACACGACCCCGCGACUCGCCUUCAUCACCAGAGAGUCCCAUGUCGACGCCGUCGAAAGGUUCGAUGCCCAAACGCAAAAUAUGAGGAACAUCGGGAGCCGCUUCUCUUCUGGCCGCGCAUCUCUACUCCAGCUAACUGUUGGCUGGCUGCUUUGUGUUCAACGCGCAGAGCUGCUGGUCAACAGGAAGUCGACUUGUGUAAACGUGUCCAGAGAAUGAUGCUAGAAGCUGCAGGACACACACACACACACCAGUACGUCUCAUAUUCUGAAAGUGGAAUAUAUGAGUGUGCGUGUAAACGUCGUUGUCGUUGUUUAAGGGAACAUCCACGAGUGAAGAUCCUUCACAGAGAAUUGAUCUGGAAUUUUAAAAAAAGCUUCUGCUGAGCAGAGACUAUACGGACGCGAGUUGGCUCAAUAAAACAAUACACAGCAUGUUACCACACAAACGUGAUAUUAUUAGCUACUCCUGCAUUACAAAUGUAUGUAUAUCUUUAUGAUUCUUCAUAUGGCUUCACAGUGCGAUUGCUGGCCUCAGUUAAACUGAUUUGAUGGACUGCCGAAUGCAUUUAAUUAAAAGAGUUUUUCU